UGCAUCUUGUUCCUUGAGUGUAGUCACAACUCUUAAACAAGUGUCCUGCAAGAUGUGUGCUUGCCUAUUUAAGCGUCUCUCGUCUUGUUGAAAGCAAGAGUACCAUUACAUUGGGCACCAGCAGGGAGGGGAAGACGUCCAUUUUCCUCAGUUCAUGCCAGAAGAGAUGAGUAACCAGACGCUUCAUGAGUACUGCUCCGCGUUGAGGACAGAGCUUGAUCUUAUUAGUGAUGCAAAUGCCACAUUGAUGUUAUUGUCCAACCGCACUAAGGACUUGUGGAAGAGCCCUAGGGGAACGGUGAUCCGAAUUGAGGUGCUCGUAGUAGUGGUUGUCUUCAUGCAGUUAUUCCUUGUCGCCUACGGGUCCCGUCGACGUCGGAGCAGAAACUUCUUCAUCCAGAAAGGUGUCUUGGCUGCAUACACCUUGUCCCCCUCCCUGGUGUCAUACACACUAGGUUCAAUGCAGUCUUCGGCCAUAAAGAGCGGCAUGUACUCAAUGUGGGCAAUAUCCCUGUACAUCCUCUUUGGUUGUGCUGACUCUAUCACAGCUUAUAGUCUCACCGACAACAGCCAGCUCAUGAGACAGCUCUUCCAAUCUCUUCUCGGCUACCUAUACGUGUUCAUGAUUAUGGGAACUACACUCAACAUGGGUCAGGUCGAAUGCCAAGCAAAUUUUUCUGGUAUCCAUGGCCGUGGCUGCCAUUUAAUUUUCAGAACGCUCCCGCUUAUUUAUCUGGUGCUCGUCGCUGCCACGUAUUUCAUGCAAAGAUUAGCUGCAUGUCGAAUGGCAAGCCAAUCAUGGUUCUUGAAUAAAAUGGUUGCUGACUACAUGUAUCAGGAGCACACCAUGAGAGGAGAAGAUUACGAUCCAGCCACCAUGACAGGUUACCAUUACCUCGUGGAGUGCAACCCGGGUUCUACGUAUAUUGGUGAUGGAAAGUAUGUAACCCGGGUCCCUUCUGAUUCAAUUGACCUAGACAAGGUGUGGCGAAACGAGGAUCUAAGCCCUGAUCUUAAGGAUGCAUGUCUUUCCUUCUCCCUUUUCCAUCUGUUACGAAGACGUUUCUUUGGGUUUGAGUGCGGUGAAUCAUCGCAGCCCAAGACACGUGAUCUUGUCUUCAAGGGGCUGCUCGCCAAGAAGAAGGAGGAGAAGGAGAAUGACGAUGGAGGGGCCAGCGCCGCAAUCGACUAUGACUGGAUUUUCAAGGUGAUUGAUAUUGAGCUGGCUUUUAUGUAUGACUUCUUCUUCACCAAGUAUGCUGCCAUUUAUUAUGGAAAUUUACGUACGCAAUAUGUGCUGCCACUGGUCUCAGCGACCUUAACGGUCGUAACAGCCUUCCUGACGGCUGGAGGCCUGCUGCGGCCUCCUUCUAAAGGGAUGGAGGGGUCUGUCAUCGUGGACACCACAGCAGCUGAUGUUUAUCUCACCGUAGCUAUACUUGUGUGCAUCUCUUUCCUUCAAGUGGUGCAGGUGAUGUACUACUGGACGACCAUUUGGGGAAGGGUAUCUUUUGCUUGCCAGCGCAUCAGAAGGAAAGGCUGUUGCAUGCGGCUUAAAGAGAUUCUUGUUACCAUUGGUCUGUGGGUGUCACCCUGCCGCUGGUCAGUACACGAGCAAAAGCUCGAGCAGUAUUCGUUGCUUGAAUCAGUGAGCAACUUCUCUAGUCAAUCCAAGCUUACCAAGUUCAUGGUCAAGCCCUGGAAUGUAUUUCUAAAGGGGCUAUUCUCCAAUCCAUUCGAGCUUAAUCCAUUUACGGAGCGUAUGGUGCGUCGUCCAGCUGUACCACGUCACGUAUGGAGUGUCGUCUGGAAGCCUGGUGAACCUGCAGAGUUGCUUGCAGAAGUAAAGAAGGCACUUGUCCUGUCCCUUGAACGCACCCAUCGCCAUGGUAAUAAGCUGACAAACGGGGCGUUAUCACUGUCGUCCAGCGGGGCAUAUGAGCUAUUGUGGGCUUGCAGCCUCGAGCUUCGCCAAGGCCUCGAGCUCGGCUCGGUGUCCUUGCAGCAGAAGGAGAACCAGGUGUGUGUUAUUCUGACCUGGCACAUCGCAACAUGCUACUGCGACAAGGAAUUAUCAGCAUCAGGUACCAAUGAACAUUAUGAGGUCGCCACAAGACUGUCCAAAUAUUGUGCAUACUUGGUGGCUUUUGCACCAAAGCUUCUCCCGGGUCACCACUACGAUACAUGGCUCGCUUUUACGGUGGUUGCACAAGAAGCAUUGAGGGAUGCUGGGGAUGAGGAGACGAUUUACCGCAAGGGCCUAAAGCUGGGGAAGCAGCUCAAGAAUGUGCACGCUGACCGUUGUUGGGAGGUGCUGGCGGGAUUUUGGGCAGAGAUGCUGCUCUACCUCGCGCCAUCAGACAAUGUGAAGGAGCAUGUCGAGUGCCUGGCAAAAGGAGGGGAGUUCAUAACACACCUGUGGGCGUUGCUCACCCACGCUGGCAUCCUGGACAGGGGUCAAAGCGACGUCGCCGACAUAGAAAAUAAUGGAGGGAAUCAACCAGCAUCGCGUCCAACCAAUAGGGAUGGUCCUUCAACAGGAAAGUCCAGUGCGGAUUGUGGAAGGAGCUCCCAAUGAGAUCAUAGUGAUUUGAUCAUAAUAAUUCUAGGAAAUGCAAGGAAACUUUCAGCAAGCCCUGAUCACUUAUGUUGAUAUUGCCCUGCCACUUCUUCACUUUUUCACUUUUUUAAUUGUUCAAGAUAUAUAAUUGUUAUCCUGGUGUGCUUUAGUGACUUGUUAUCCUGCCACUUCUUCACUGAUUGGAAGGAUGCCGGUGUUGUUCAUCUCUACCAUUGAGGCCUUUGGCCAUCUAUUUCUCACAGUGCUUGCCGCUAGCUGUACUAUAUAUCAUUAUUGGUU